AUGUUGCGCGCGUACUCGAGAAAACUCACAAAACGCAUCGCACGCAUCUCUCCCUCAUCGUUAGAAAUAGCCCCAGAGAUACUUUCAAAACGACGUUCGCCACCGGAGUAUGACUUUCAUCGUUCGAAGAUCGAGUUCGUCCUCCGCGCGUCCUACGGCAACAACACUGCUGCUGCUUUCAAAAAGAAGAAGAAAAAACCAACCAACAAACGAGCAUCUGCGAUGAUAAAAGCAGUCGUCCCAACGCGAAACGACGAUUCAGACGACGAUUGGAAAGAAGUCCUCGACGAUGCGAGUGGUCAGACGUACUUCUGGAACACGCGAACGAACGAGACGACCGCGCUGGGGGAUCCCAAACCGUUACAACGCCAACAACGAAAUGCGCUUCAACAUCAUCAUCAUCGAGAAGAUGACAUUUUUUCAUCCUCGUCUCCUCCAAACGUGAUGUUCGUGAACAUGGGCACGAUAUUUCUUUUCGGCAUCGGCGGUUCGAUCGGGGUCACGUUCAUCGCCGCUUUGUUAGGGUUCCGGUGA